UUUCAAAAGACAGUGAAACACACCUUGGUGAUUGACAAACACGGAGCUGAAUAUCAGACAAUUAAAAACAUUUGCAAACAGAUUUGUGAGGGGGGGCAGCCCGGCUGUCCAGCCUCAAGGUGACGCUCCCCCAGCUCCGGGGGAAGUGAAAAAAAUGGGAAUAAAUACAAUAAAAUAAUAAUAAAUAAAACAAUAAUAAAACAUUAAUAAUAAUUAUAACUUGAAUAAAAAUGUACAUUAAAUAAUGAUUACAAAAUACAGAACAUAGUAAUAAUAAUAUUACACAAUAUUUAAAAUAUAUAAAUACAUGAAAAAUAAUAAGAACACAAAAAAUACAAUUAAGAGUAUUUAUGUAUGUAUUUAAAUAGGAGUUAAAUACAUACAAAAAGCCAGAGAUGGCUGAACACAGUUAUUCUGUUAUUUUAUUCUAGAUUUGACUAUCAAAAAUACAAAACACAAAGUCAAUCUAUAAAAAUAGAUAAACACAUUUCAUUUUACAGUUCAUUACAUGUGAGUUGGAAAGUGACUCAGACCUUUUACUGUAGUACUCAUCUUGGUGAUGUACUUUAAAGUAUUGUGUACUACCCUUUACUUAUACUACACUACACUUCAAGGGAGAUAUUGUCCCUUUUGUUCCACUUCACAAAGAUCAUUCAGUCAGCACAGACUGACUCGUGUUCUCAUAAUAAGGACUAUUUAAACACACCCUGUAUCUUGCAAAUCACUCCUCUUUAUGGAAGGAAGUUAAGCUUGUAAACCCGUCAUACUUUCUGCUUAUCUCACAGAUAGCAAGCUGCACCUUUUCCGAUAAUCACAUGUUCCCGCCCCUUCACUGGACUACAGUUUCGAUGUGGGUGAAACACAACUGUUGUGAAGAGAGUGAGCUGGCAGGCUAUAUGCACUGCAGACUGUCACUCGCUGUUAGGGAGGUAUAAUGGCACAGAAAGGAGCUCAGCUGUACCAGGACGCAAUUUGCUGUUCGAUUUGUCUGGAAGUGCUAAAGGAACCUGCGACUACUCCCUGUGGACACAGUUUCUGCAUGAGCUGUAUUCAAGCUCACUGGGAUAAAGAGGAUGAGAAGGAAGUCUACAGCUGCCCUCAUUGUAGGAAGAGCUCCACACUGAGGCCUGUCCUGGUGAAAAACACCACACUAGCAGCUUUAGUGGAGGAGCUGAAGAAGACUGGACUUGAAGAAGCUCCUGCUGAUCACUGCUAUGCUGGACCUGAAGAUGUGGCCUGUGAUGUCUGCACUGGGAGAAAACUGAGAGCCAGUAAGUCCUGUCUCAUGUGUCUGAUCUCUUACUGUGAGCAACACCUCCAGCCUCAUUAUGAAUCUCCUGCCUUUGGAAAACACAAGCUGGUGAAGCCCUCCAAGAAGCUCCAGGAGAACAUCUGCUCUCGUCACGACGAGGUGAUGAAGAUGUUUUGCCGCACUGAUCAGCAGUGUAUCUGUUACCUCUGCUCUGUGGAUGAACAUAAAGGCCACGAUACAGUGUCAGCUGCAGCAGAGAGGACUGAGAGGCAGAGAGAGCUGGAGGGGAGUCGACAAAACAUCCAGCAGAGGAUCCAGGACAUAGAGAAGGAUAUGAAGCUCCUUCAAGAGGAGGUAAAGGCCAUCAACUGCUCUGCUGAUAAAGCAGUGGAGGACAGUGAGAAGAUCUUCACUGAGCUGAUCCGCCUCAUGGAGAAAAGAAGAUCUUAUGUGAAGCAGCAGGUCAGAUCUCAGCAGGUAACUGAAGUGAGUCGAGUCAGAGAGUUUCAGGAGAAGCUGGAGCAGAAGAUCUCUGAGCUGAAGAAGAAAGACGCUGCACUGGAGGAUUUCUCUCACACAGAGGAUCACACGCAGUUUCUUCAGAGCUACCCCUCACUGCCACCUCUCAGUGAAUCUACAGACUCAUCCAGCAUCAACGUCCUUCCUCUGCGCUUGCUCGAAGAUGUGAAAGCAGCGUUGUCAAAAUUCAGAGAAAGACUUCUAAAUGUUCUGAGAGAGAAAUGGACAAUUGUCUAUACAGUGGGUGAUGUGGACAUAUUGCUGUCACAACCACAGCCCCAGACCAGAGCUGAUUUCUUAAAAUACUCUCGUAAAAUCACACUGGAUCAGAACACAGCAACCGAACGAAUGUCCUUAUCUGUGGGAAACCGAAAAGGAACUUUUCAUCUAGGACAAAGUUUUUCUAGUCACACUGACAGGUUAUUGAUGAGGUCUCAGGUCCUGAGUAGAGAGAGUCUACCUGGACGUUGUUACUGGGAGGUGGAGAAAGGUGUGGGAGGAGUUGCAGUGGCUGUAGCGUACAAAGAUGAUAACACUGUGAAAGAAAAAUUUGGAGAUAGUGACAAGUCAUGGGCAUUAGGUUUUUACAAAGGUCAUUAUGAUUUCAGACAUAACAAUAUCGCAACUCCAGUCCCAGGUCCUCAGUCCUCCAGGGUCGGGGUGUACCUGGAUCAAAGUGCAGGUAUUCUGUCCUUCUACAGCGUCUCAGAGGAAACCAUGAUGACCCUCCUGCACAGAGUCAAGACCCCCUUUGCUCAGCCUCUCUACGCAGGACUUCGUGUUAAUCCUCCCAUCGGAAACUCUGCUGAGAUGUGAGCUUAAGAAGUCAUUGAGAGGAAAAUGGAUAAUCCUCAGAUGCUGGAAAAAAGUUUGGUAAAUGCAAAGAGGAAAGGAAGACAUUUUAAAAAUCCUGAUCCUGCAGGUGUAAAAAAGGCCAUCACAAGGAACUGGUUAAAAAGUGACCCUGGUUGGGUUAGUGGCUUCUCCUCUACUCCAUCAGCUAUUAGCAGAUUUUAAAUCCCCCACCAGAGGUCCCUCUUUGCAUAUGUUUCCCACUGUCACAAAACUCAGGUGUGCUUUGGUGCCUUUUACUUUUCAUAAGGAGUAUUUUGUGUUUAGAUAUGGUUAGGUUUUCAAAUGCUGAUUUAUUAUUUUUUAUCUUGGAAGGAAAUGCAAAUGAUGUACUUUUUAUCACAUAUCAUCUUAUCUAACACUGAUUUAUCUCAUAAGAUGCAGUUUGUUUCAUUUUAGUCUCUAUUUUAACAUCAAUAUGACCUUUGCUGCAUGAUUUAAUGAAUGUAAUACUCACAUAAUAUGCUUUUGAUUAUGUUUCUCGUUAUCCUUGGUUUAAAUUGAGAUUUGGGGAUUUCGUUUGCUGUGAAAGCUGGGAUGUUUCAUCACAUCCUGACCUAGUAAUCAGCCAUCAGGGUUGGGUAGUAACUG